AAUUCUGGUUGUAUUCUUUUCAGGUGCCCUCAUACACCGCCAAAGAUAUAAAAAGUAACGGAAACUAGCCGUUACAUGUCUCCCUCCCUUCUUCCCCUGCAACUUUCUUUUUUCGUCGCUUCUUACUUUCCAAUUUUCACCAUUCUUUCUAUUUUCUCCUCAUAAUCCAUUCUCUUUAAUUUGGGUAAGAAUCAAGAACCCAUCAAAUACUUUUUCUCUCAUCUUUGGUAAGAUUUAAGUUCACAUUGCAACAAGAAAGAAUAAAAAAUUUUCCAUAUUCAGAGAUUUUGCUACAUUUUCAGUGGAAACUGGUAUUGGGGGAUGAAAAUGGGAGAGAUGAAGACCCCAUUAUCAAAGAUUAAAACCACACCAUCAUGUACACCGGGAGGUACCAAAGUUCGAGAGGAGAAAAUACUCGUAAUGGUUCGAGUGAGGCCGCUGAGUUCGAGGGAACAGGCCAUGUAUGAUUUGAUUGCCUUGGAUUGCCCAGAUGAUCAGUCAGUAGUCUUCAAGAAUCCCAAUGAUGAAAGACCUUCUUCUUCCUUUACCUUUGAUAGAGUUUUCAGUCCAACUUGUGUAACGGCGAAGGUGUAUGAAGGAGGGGCUAGGGAUGUGGCCUUAUCAGCUCUUACUGGGAUUAAUGCGACAAUUUUCGCAUAUGGGCAGACUAGUAGUGGUAAAACAUUUACUAUGAGAGGAAUUACUGAGUAUGCAAUUGAGGACAUAUAUCAGUAUAUGCAUAAUCAUCCUGAAAGGGAUUUUUCGUUGAAAAUCUCUGCUUUGGAGAUCUACAAUGAGACUGUAGUUGACCUUUUAAAUCGUAGCUCUGGUCCACUCCGACUUUUGGAUGAUCCUGAGAAAGGAACCAUUGUCGAAAAGCUAGUCGAAGAAGUUAUAAAGAAUAGUCAGCAUUUGCAGCAUCUGAUCGGUAUCUGCGAAGCUCAAAGGCAAGUAGGGGAAACUGCUCUUAAUGAUAAAAGUUCAAGAUCACAUCAGAUAGUGAGACUGACCAUCGAGAGUCGUCUCAAGGAAAAUUCGAGCCGUGUGAAGUCUUUCGUAGCAAGCCUGAACCUUGUUGAUCUUGCUGGGAGCGAGCGUGCCUCUCAAACAAAAAGUGCUGGUUUAAGAUUGAAGGAAGGAAGCCAUAUUAAUCGUAGCUUGUUGACACUCACACAAGUUAUUAGAAAAUUGAGCGGUGGGAAAAGAACUCAUAUACCUUACAGAGAAUCAAAACUUACACGAAUAUUGCAAUCUUCGCUUGGAGGAAAUGCAAGAACUGCAAUAAUAUGUACAUUAAGUCCAGCAUUGAGUCAUGUUGAACAAUCACGUAAUACACUAUCGUUUGCAACAAGUGCAAAGGAGGUUACAAACACUACCAGAGUGAAUGUGGUUGUUUCAGACCAACAGAUGGUUAAGCAUCUGCAACAGGAAGUUACUAGACUAGAAGCUGAGUUGAGAAGUCCAGAACCUGCAUCUUCAUCAGCUUUAAAGGCUCUGCUGAUUGAGAAAAAUGCAAAAAUUCAGAAGAUGGAGAGAGAAAUGAGAGAGCUCAAGCAACAGCUUGAGAUCGAAAGAAGUGCACACAAGGAAAAGAAGGAAUCAAACAGUUCCAGUUCAUCAUCACAUCAAGUGAGAAAGUGUCUCGCCUUUCCAUUGGACACAGUUUCAAGCGAAGUUACUAGUGAAAACCGGGAAAGAUAUAAAGCUGGAAGGCAGUCAAUGCUUAGGCAAUCAGUUACCUCUACUGAUCCUUCUCUCUUAGUGCAAGAAAUUAGGAAACUUGAAGUGCUGCAAAGACAACUUGGUGAAGAAGCAAAUAAAGCUCUUAAUAUACUUCAAAAAGAAGUAGCAUGUAACAGACUGGGGACCAAAGAUGCUGCUGAAAAUGUUGCAAAGCUACUUUCUGAGAUUCAAAACAUGCAAAUCGUUAGUUCAAUUCCUGAAGAGUUUGUUGUUAGGGACAGAGCCGACCUAAAGGAGGAGAUUAUUCGACUGAACUCACAAGGACAGACAAUUGAAUCUCUAGAAAAGAAGCUAGAGAAUGUCCAGAAUUCUGUAGAUAGGUUGGUUUGUACUCUAAGAAAUAAUGUGGAUACUCCAGAUUCAAAGGUACAUUCUAAAAGGAAGGUCAUUCCGUUUAACUUAACCAACAGCCCAAAUAUGUCAAACUUUAUAAGAGCCCCAUGUUCUCCUCUUUCUUCUUCAAGGAGAGUAAUGGAUGAAAUUGGUAAUACUAUUGCUGAUCACACAAGUAGUUUGCCCACUAAUGAUAGUAUGACAAAUUCCUGCAAAAGCCAACCUGUUAGAGGUGAUCAAGUUGGUUAUUCUCGUUCUUCAAGGGAGAACACUCCUGCAAGACAGAAACCAAACUCAGCUAACGUGAAGAAAAUGCAGAAGAAGUUCAAUAACGCACUUGAAGAGAGUGCUCGUAACAUUAGAAUGUAUGUUACUGAGUUGAAGGAAAGAGUUUCUAAGCUUCAGUAUCAAAAGCAGUUGCUGGUUUGUCAGGUACUGGAACUGGAGGCUGGUGAGGCAACAAACAAUUCACAAGAUGCAGCUAAUCAAUCUCCUUUGUCUUGGUUGAUAAUCUUUGAGGAGCAAAGAAAGCAGAUAGUUAUGUUAUGGCAUUUGUGCCAUGUCUCGCUGGUGCACCGAACCCAAUUUUUCCUGUUAUUUAAAGGUGAUCCUGCUGAUCAGAUAUACAUGGAAGUCGAGCUGAGAAGAUUAACAUGGUUAGAACAGCACUUGUCAGAUCUUGGAAACGCUAGCCCUGCUCUCCUGAGCGAUGAACCAGCCUCCUAUGUCUCAUCAAGCAUCAAGGCCCUUAAACAAGAGAGGGAAGACCUGGCCAGGAGGGUUAGUUCAAGACUAACAGCAGAGGAAAGGGAGACACUUUACAGAAGAUGGGAUAUCCCACCAGAAGGAAAACAAAAACGGAGGUUGCAAUUGGUUAACAAAUUAUGGACUAACCCUCACAACAUGCAACAUGUGCAAGAAAGUGCAGAUGUUGUUGCAAAACUUGUUGGAUUUUGUGAAUCUGGUGAGCAACUUUCAAGGGAGAUGUUUGAGCUUAACUUCAAGUCUCCUUGUGAUAAGAAGACAUGGAUGGGCUGGAACUUAAUUUCAAACCUGUUGCAUCUGUAAAUUUUCAGUGUAAAUAAACAAGAACAGUGGUUGCAUUUCUGGAACCCUUGUCAAAUCUCUGAUCUUCUGUGCCUGUUUCCAUCUGUAAAUUUUAGGACUGACUGACUGUCUAAACAAGCCUUCUUCCUGAAGAUUUAUUACUUGCAUUGUACAACUGACAGUAGUAAUUCAAACUAGCAUCAACUCUAAUGGGCCAAUGGCUUGUUUGGUUGACACUUUGAAUGGGAAGACCGAAAAGUUGGAAGAAGAAA